GAAUAUUUCCUUCUUCCGCAAACACAGCUCUGUGCAGCUUCCCCGUUUAUCGGUUGAUCAAUGCGGCGGCUCACUUCUGUCUUCCUGUCUCUGCUUAAUAUUUCUAACAGUUCCGACAUUUAUGAGUGAUUGAUUAGCAUCAUGACGGCCAACAGCCGCUGCUCCGCCGCGGAGCCCCCGGGCCUGGAAACCCAGCGGCGGGAAAUCGAGUCUCUUCUGCGGGAGUGUGAGCUCCGUGCUGGGGACAGUUGGUACGUGGUGGAUCGCCGCUGGUUCGAACAGUGGAAGGAAUUCGUGGAGACCGGAGACCAGAACUCGUCGUCCUUCCCCGGUCAGAUUGACAACACUGAGCUCUUCGAGGACUUGGACUCUUACCACCUGAAGGAGCGUCUGGUGGAGAAUGAGGACUUUGUGUUGGUACCGGCGGAGGCCUGGCACAAGCUGCUGGCCUGGUACGGCAUGGUGGACGAUCAGCCGCCACUGGAACGCAAGGUGGUGGACCUGCCCAGCACUCUGAAGGUGGAGGUUUACCCCGUUGAGAUCUUCCUCUGCCUUCAUAGCAACAUGGAGAACGUCAUCACUGCACAGUUCAGCCGAGCCGACAACAUACAUUCGAUCCAGAGGGCGAUGUGUCAGGCCUUCUCCGUGCCUCCGGGCUCAGAGUGCCGUCUGUGGAUGAAGAGUUCAGACAGCAGCUGUGAGCGUCUCAGGAAUGUCCACAUGAGCGUGCUGGAUGCCUGUUUGAGCUCAGGGAUGACGGUGAUUAUGGAGACGAGGAAUGCCGAUGGUACUUGGCCGAGCUCCAGACCUCAGAUCAUGAGGAACUCUGUUGAGGAUCAGGACUCGUACCGAGGACAGGCGGGAGUUUGCGGCCUCACCAACCUGGGAAACACCUGCUUCAUGAACUCUGCUCUACAGUGUCUGAGUAACACUCCUCCACUGACCGAGUACUUUCUGCGAACCUCCUACCUGGAAGAGCUGAACUUCACCAACCCAUUAGGGAUGAAGGGCGAGAUCGCUGAGGCCUACGCAGAUGUCAUCAAACAGAUGUGGUCCGGGAGACAUUACUCUGUGGUGCCACGCGUCUUUAAGACGAAGGUGGGUCACUUUGCGUCUCAGUUUCUGGGCUACCAGCAGCACGACAGUCAGGAGCUGCUGUCCUUCCUGUUGGACGGACUGCAUGAAGACCUGAACAGAGUCAAAAACAAAGAAUACAUCGAACUACGGGAUGCCAAUGGACGACCAGACCAGGAGGUUGCUGAGGAAGCGUGGCGUAACCACCGCCGGCGCAAUGACUCGGUCAUCGUCGACACGUUUCACGGCCUCUUUAAGUCCACGCUGGUCUGUCCCGAGUGCCACAAGGUCUCCGUCACCUUCGACCCCUUCUGCUACCUGAGUGUUCCGCUUCCCGUCAGCAAGGAGCGCGUCAUGGAGGUCUUCUUUGUCUCUCUGGACCCAUACGCCAAACCUGUCCAGCAUCGUGUUGUGGUUCCUAAAGCAGGAAAGGUGUCGGAUCUGUGCACAGCUCUGUCAGAGAUGACCAACGUACCGCCCACACGGAUGGUGGUUGCUGAUGUCUUCAAUCAUCGUUUCUACAAGAUCUACAACACUGAGGAAUCUCUGAGCUGCAUACUGGACCGGGAUGACAUCUUUGUGUACGAGCUGAGUGUGCUGGAGGAGCAGCAGGAGGAGCAGGUGCUGCUGGCGCUCUACCUGAGGGAGCGCUCUCACUACAGAGACUACGGCUCAGGCAGCAGCUCGUACGGCACGACGCUGUUCGGACACCCGCUGCUGCUCAACGUGAUGCGCAGCAGCUGUAGCCGGGAGGCGCUCUACAACCUGUUCCUGCAGAGACUGGCGCGUUAUGUGCGUCCCCCAGAUCCCUCUGAGGAGUUGGAGGAAGAGGAAGAAGAGGAAGAUGAGGAGGAGGAGCUGGACAAGACUCAGACCAACGGCAUCAGUGAUGAUGAGGAGCAGGAAGAUGUGGAGAACCCAGGACCCUCCCAGACAGAACCCUGUUGCAGUGAUCCGUCUCCAAGCAGCCAAUCAGACGGCACCGUGACGACUGAGCCCCAGCCUGAAGUCAACCACACAGAGUCGUCAAUGGACCACGGUGAAACAGAGACCAGUAAUGGUUCCAUGAACCAGACUGAGCCUGUCUGCAGCGCAGACACCAACAGCAGCAACAGCACCAGGGACUCGGGCAGCAUCGCUGGCACUGGAGCCGGGUCAGAAGCACCAGCAGAGCAGCCGCAGCAGCCCUGCGAAACUACAGAGGAAGAAAGUGAAGAAGGCAAACAGGAGGAAGCGUGCUCUCCCAGCCCAUCAGCCAAUGAGCAUCCAGCUAAGAGGAGGGCGUGUCGUAAGAGGAGGAAGAGUCUGUUCACCAUCCAGGCAGUCAACUCCAACGGGACGACUGAGAGAGGGAUGGGAGAGGGAGGGAGCGCUGUGUCCUUCAGCUCUCAGCCUUAUGUGGCCAUAGACUGGGACCCUGACAUGAAGAAGAGAUUCUACAAUGAAAAUGAGGCUGAGAAAUAUGUGAAACAUGCUAGUAUGGAGGUUCCUCAGCAGCAGACGACAGUUCAGCUGCAGGAGUGUAUCGAGCUGUUCACUACUGUGGAAACACUGGAGGAGGAGAACCCAUGGUACUGUCCGGUGUGUAAGAAGCACCAGCUGGCCACUAAGAAGCUGGACCUCUGGUCUCUGCCAGAAGUUGUCAUCAUUCACCUCAAGAGGUUCUCCUACACUAAGUUCACUAGAGAGAAACUUGACAGCAUCGUGGACUUCCCCCUCAGAGACCUGGACUUCUCCGGCUGCCUGUUGAGGAAAACCGUGUCCAGUGAAGAGCCUCCAAGCCGCUACGACCUCAUUGCUGUGUCCAAUCACUAUGGAGGACUCAGAGAUGGACACUACACCAGCUACGCAAGAAACAAGGACAACGGUCAGUGGUAUUACUUUGACGACAGCAAGGUGACGUUCGCCAGAGAGGACCAGAUCAUGACCAACGCCGCCUACGUCUUGUUCUACCACCGACAAGACAAAAUCAGAAUACCCACUCUACCAGCCCCCAACGCAAGCCCCGCCUCCUCCACCCAGUCCGACGUCACUUCCUGCAAAGACGACGAAGCAGCAGGGCUGGGCGCGUCCUCUUACGUUGCCAUGGAGUAAGACUAAAUCACUUUGUCACAACAGUGCAGCGGGCCUUCUCUUCUGUUUUCAGGUUUUUCAUUUUUACAUUUAAAUGACACUUGAACUUUUUUUUUGUUCCCAAUUACUAAAAACAGGAGAAAGCACAUUUGCAGGCUGAUAUGAGCACUUAUUUUCUCCUCUAAAUGCUGUACACACAUCAGUUUUCUCAGCUCGGUAGGUAACGCUGACACUUAAAUCCUCAGGCUCAAAGACUGAAAGUGAUGCAGGUGGAGUGGCUCAGACUGAGACUGUUGAUUUGGGCCUAAACUGAAAAUAGAAAUGUAGUCCGGACCCCCUUAUACGGUACCUUCUAAGUGUCCACACUGAGUUAAGCUACAAUUUUUACACCAUUUAAUUUUAAUUAAUUGAUUUAAAGAAUCUAUUAUUAUUUCAUACAUCCUAAUAGUGAAAUUAUAAAAAAGAUAAACAUUCCAAUAAAUAAUUACUUUCCAAUGAAACUGUACUACAAAAUAAUUAAAGGCUUUUAAAUUUUCAGAUUUGUGAAACCUUCAGAGUAAAGAUGUCUUAUUCUAUGGAGCAAAUGUCAUAAAGUAAACAACAGGUGUUGUUUAGGCUGUUAAGUAAACAUGUAUUUGUUGCAUGUGCCACUGAAUUACUGCAUCCAACCCACCAAACAGUAGCUGGAGCUGGUGUUUUCUGUGAUUGGCCAGCGUGGCCAAUAAUAAAAAAUUGCACAUCCAAAAAAAAAAGCCUUUUUUAAAGUUAAUUUCAAAUGUAGUUGAUCACAAUGUCACCUUCAAGACAUUGAAGAUAAGGAAUUCACCAUUUAGAAGCAGACUAAGGACAUCAAAUUGAUAUUUCUUUGUAUCAUUAAAUUUGGUUUGUCCUUAAAGUUAAAUAUUGUCAAAACCUGUAAUAAUUCCAGUGGCACUGUCAGGGAUCCACAUUUAAUAGGAAUUAAUUUAACCUUCUAAGAUAAAAUGACUGCAGUUUCUGCUUCUUCAUAUUAUUUUCCUGCGAAAUUAGGUUUGAACAUUAAUUCCUGAAAAUUACACAUCAUCAAAUUCUGCGUUAAUACAAUAGUGGCGCUGUCGGGAUUCCAUAUUACAGCUAGGAUACAGUACAAAGUUUUAAUAUUUGCUGACCCUCAGUGUUUGAACAUUCUAAAGUUUGACCCAAUUGCACAAGAGAGAUAAAAGCUAUUAAAUAAUAGUUUUGCUUUUAGCUAAAUUGUUAAAUUAUCUUAACAUUCCUCUGCAGACAAAGUAAGUAACAGAUACAUGGCUUGUUUAGCCGCUGUGCUAUACAGCAGGAAUUCACAGUGGACUUAGGAGCAAACAGCCGUCAGGGACGAGAAACAAAUCUUUCUUUGUAUAUUUUGGUUGUUUUUCUUCUGCUAUUUAUUUUUUUAAUGAAAUAAUAAUUGCAUCUGUCACAUGACUACAGUUUUUCUUGAACGAUUUGGAUGAUUGGUGCAGGAUAUUGAGACGCUUAUUUUUCAUAUUUAUGAUAAAAUCUGUAUUCAGGCAGAAACAUCACUUGGCAGGUGAGCUGUUUGAUUUUCCAGUCUGUGCGGAGCGACGGACGCAGGCCAAGUUUCCUCUCUGAUUUUAAACCAGCUCUGUGUACAGUAUUUUUGUAUUGUAAUUAAUGUAAUAUCAUUCCUGGGUGGAGCAGGAGGGAAGCUUGGGCUGAUUUCUUUCUUUGGUCUUCCCUGUCAAAUAUCAGAUGAAAAUAUUUUAUUGUACUUUCAAUCUUUUGAUAUGAAUAAAAGGAUAAUUAUUAUUAUCAGA